UUGCAGCUAAAGAGGAAGUUACGAAGCGAACCCUGUAACCUGCUGCAAGCUAGCUGUAUCUUUGAGCCGCCCUAAGCACUGAGAAGAGGGAAUAACAGGAACAAGAGCGCAGAGUAUUAUAUAUGUAGUGUUUUUACAAAUGUGCCCGAUGUAUUGUGUGCAUAUUCACCCGCUGUGAAAUUACUAACGGGAAAGGCAAGUUAACAACAGCCAUAGAGAGGCAUGUCUAUGUUUGACAGCUAGCAAAUAAUGCCUUCAUCUUUCUAGAAGAGCUAGCGAGUUAGCCAUCCGCUGCAACGCUAGCAGCUAGCUUCGAGCUAUAGAAAGCUAAUUAACGUUGCACAUUUCUCCGGUGCUUGAGGUAGAUGUUUCACAGAAACAGCGGUUUGUUAUCUUACUCAACGGCAAAUGCAUUUAAACGAGAAUGCCGCUAACUGACCAAUUCGACGUAGCCCUUUCAACCUGAAGCCUAUAUGCUUGGUAGGCGUUUUAUUCUGAUUUCUAGUUAAAUUAAUUCAGUGUUGUUAUUGUAAGUGAAGUCAGCAACGCCAACGAUUUCUAGCUUGUCGUGUGUAGACUAGCAGACCAUGAUGAGCCCCCUCUGCGGUCACGUUAGCCAGCAACACCAUAGCUAACGUUAGCUACACACUUGGCUAGCUAAAGGGGUAAUGUUGUCUUAUAACUGUAAUUAAUCCGUGAAAGACUAAACUGAAGCAAGCAUCUGAGCCAGCUAAACAUGGCUUCAGAGGAGACAUCGCUGCGUGCACUGGAGGGCCUAAUGACCGAGUUCUUUCACAGCUGUACGACCAAUGAGAGAAAGAGAGAAAUAGAAGAGUUGCUGAAUAACUUUGCACAGCAGACUGGAGCGUGGCGCCACUGCUUGUUCUUUCUCUCCAAUACUCGGAAUGAGUAUGUCAUGAUGUACAGCCUCACAGUAUUUGAAAACCUAGUGAACAAAAUGUGGAUCGGCGUUGCUUCACAAGACAAGAUGGAGAUUCGCAGCUGUCUGCCUAAACUCCUACUUGCACAGCACAAAUUGGUGCCCUAUUUUAUCCGUAACAAACUGUGCAAAGUCAUUGUGGACAUUGGUCGCCAGGACUGGCCAAUGUUCUACCAUGAUUUCUUUACAAACACACUUCAGUUGAUCCAGUCCCCAGCUCUGUCUUUGUUGGGGUUGGUGAUGUUGAAAACGACAUCAGAGGAACUUGCGUGUCCUAGAGAAGACCUCAGUGUCUCCAGAAAAGAUGAGCUACGUAAACUGCUGCUGGAGCAGGUACCCACAGUGCUUGGAUUGUUGACGGGUAUCUUGGAGACCUAUUGGGACAAGCACAGUGUCAUAGCUUCAACGCCGCCUCCCUCACCCACCUCUGGGGAAAGUGUGGAGUUGCUGGGCAAUUUGUUUCAGGGCAGCCAGUACUCAAAGCUGCUGUGCCAGCCCAUGGCGGCGCUGGACAACGAGAGUCAGCAGCUCUGUUGUCUGGUGUUGGAGUGUUUAGCUCACCUGUUCAGCUGGAUCCCUUUGUCCACAAGCAUCACACCCACCCUGCUGGCAUCCAUUUUUCACUUUGCACGUUUUGGUUGUGAUAUUCGGACAAAGGCCAAGACAGGAUGCUUCAUCUCCUCAAACUCCUCCUCUUCUAACGGUCAGCUCAAUCCUGGGACAAUGCCCCCCACAUCAAAUGGAGGCGGGCGAAACGGAGAGCAGACGGAGGGCAGCAAGGUGGACCGAGCCCGGCUUGGGGUGCUCGCUAUGACCUGCGUCAAUGAGCUUGUGUCAAAGAACUGUGUGCCAAUGGAUUUUGAGGAGUACCUGCUGCGCAUGUUCCAGCAGACCUUCUUCCUCCUGCAGAGGCUGACACGAGAGAAUAACACUCAUACAGUCAAGACCCGCCUACAGGAACUUGACGAGAGUUACUUGGAAAAGUUCACAGAUUUUCUGCGCCUCUUUGUUAGUGUUCACUUGAGGCGGAUUGAGUCCAGUCCUCAGUUUCCAAUUGUUGAGUUUCUUGGCCUGCUUUUCAAGUACACCUUCAACCAGCCUACCCAUGAAGGCUACUUCGCCUGUUUGGAUAUAUGGAGCGUCUUUUUGGAUUUUCUAACGACCAAAAUCAAAAGCAGACUCGCUGACAGAGAAAGUGUUCUGAAUAGGUACAAAGAUGCCUUAGUUCUUCUGUUAAGGGAAGUUCUGAAUCGCAUCCAGUUCAGAUACAAUCAGGCCCAGUUAGAAGAGCUGGAUGAUGAGACGCUGGAUGAUGACCUACAGACUGAGUGGCAAAGGUACCUGCGUCAGAGUCUGGAGGUGGUUGCCAAGGUGAUGGAGCUGCUCCCAUCCCAUGCAUUCACUACUUUGUUUCCAGUGCUCCAGGAUAAUUUGGACGUAUACCUUGGUCUGCAGCAGUUUAUUGUCACCACUGGAACAAGUCGGAGGCUGAAUAUCUCUGCAGAGAACGAUUGCCGUCGCCUGCACUGUUCUCUCCGGGACCUCAGCUCCCUCCUGCAGGCUGUGGGCCGCCUGGCGGAGCAUUUCAUCGGGGAGGUCUUUGCUGCACGUUUCAAUGACGCGCUGGCAGUGGUGGAGAGGAGGCUGGCGUGGUUGCUGGAGCGCGUCUGCCACUGCUGCUCACUCUCUGGUAAAUUUGGCCACGGGAGCAGCAGCAUGUUGGACAAAGCCCUGCACACCAACAUGUUGAAGAUGUUCCGGACAGCUGGCAGCGUGACCAAGAAGACCGGGCGCACCGUGGAGGUGAUGGAAACCAUCAGAUGGCACGAGGAGAGCAGCAACUUCUCAGAUGUCACCGAUGAGAUGUUGGCCUUCUUCUUGACGCUGUUUCAAGCGUUGCGAGUCCAGAUGGGAGUAGCGUUCACCGGACAGAUCAUUCAAACUUUCCUCGGCAUGUUCACCAGGGAGCAGCUGGCAGCCAGUAUUCUGCAGGAGGGCAGUGCGGGCUGCAGGGUGGUGCAGAAGUUCCUGAAGAUCCUGCAGGUGGUGGUGCAAGAGCCGGGUCAAGCUUUCAAGCCUUUCCUACCCAGCAUCCUCUCUCUGUGCAUGGAGCAGGUGUACCCGGUCGUCGCAGAGGUCAGUUGGCGCUCUCCUAUCUUGAGUUUUAUUUGGUGUUUGUUUCUGUUUGCUUUUGGAUUGAUAAGCAUUCUAAAGAGAAAGACUGUCCAAAAGCCUGGAGAAGACAUCAGAAAGCUUUUCCGGACCUCCAUGCUCUUCCACUUCAUCAACGUGCUAGUGCAGGUACUUCUCCAUAAAAGUCACGACCUUCUUCAGGAGGAAAUCACCGUGGCUAUUUACAACAUGGCCUGUGUCGACUUCGAUGCCUUCUUCUCGGCCUUCAUGCCAGAGUUCCUCAACGGCUGCCAGGGUGUGGACGCCAGCCAGCGCUCUGUUCUCGCACGCAACUUCAAGCUUGAACGGGACUUGCCUUCGUUCACUCAAAGCGUGCAGCGGCUGGUGAACGACCUGCGCUACUACAGACUGUGUAACAGUAGCCUGCCCACUGGCACCAUCAAGCUAUAGCACAAUGACUGAUCCACCACUCCACACAUCAACUAUGAUCUUCAAGGACUGCCUGUGCUGACCACUUUGCUGACUCCUUCUCCAAUGCAGCUUUGCUCCGCCCUCUCAGAGUGAGGGGGAGGAGCCACACGCAGCGUGUUGUUGAGUAAUCAGAGGUUGAAGAUGCUGCUGAUGUUUCUCUCUGAUCUCUACUUUAGUAGGUUGGCGAUGUCUUUUUUCUUUCUUUUUAUUUUUUUUUAAAGCAGCGCCCUCCUCAUGGUUUGCCAAUGAUAAUUUGGCAAGAAAUGUAAACCUGGUCGGCAGUUGGCUUCAGUCCAGACCCCGGAGCAGUCUGAGCAAGGCCUUCUCUCCCACGCCCCGCGACAAAGCCGGCUGGGACUGAGCACUUUCGACUCAUUUUGAGUUUUUUAAAAAUGUCUGCUUAUUCAUUAUGCCUUCGAUUUUUUUCAUCUCCAAAGGAGACGGACUCUCAACUUAAGAUAUUUCAUAUCAUUCCAUUCUGAAAAAGAGAAUCUGCUUGAUUAAUAAAGUGCUUUUUUAGUAAAACUCAGGUAUUGAUUGAUUUGCAAGUGUUGAAACAGUACUGAUGGUGAGAAUAAUGGUUGUAUUAAGAGAUUCAAGACUUUCCUGUAUGUUUACAAUGUUUUGCUUUACACUUGUCAAUGGAAUCUUUUGAAAAUCCCUGUUGACUUAACAUUUUCCAACUACUGAUUAUCUUUUCCACUUUAAUUUUAGGUGUACCUAAAAAAUUAAGAACACUGCUCAAAUAUUCAGAAAGUUAGUUCUGGUCAUGUGACUUGAUCCAUACAAGGGGAUAUGAACUAAUGGAUUUAUUUGUGUUCCCUUUAAACCCCAUUAGUUAUCCUCCCGGAGCCCUUUUUAUUUUUAAGGGGUGACAGGGUAUAUUUAGGCAGAGAGGUCAGGUCAGCAGUUUGUGCCAUCACUGUAUAUAAAGGCACGUUGUCUAAA